UUAUGGGUAUUAUUAAUAUUUGGCGGAACGCUAUGUCUAGGAUCUAGAUUUGAUUUUCAUCCAUUAUCCGAUACAUUUAUCAAUCAAAUCAAUAAACAUGUAUCAACAUGGACAGCUGGCAGAAAUUUUGCACCAGAUGUAUCAAUGAAAUACAUAAAGAGAUUGAUGGGAGUACAUCCCGAUUCACAUAAAUACCGUUUACCAGAAAAGGAGGAUCAUUUAUUUAUGCCAGCUAAAGCACUACCAGAAAAUUUUGAUGCACGUCAACAAUGGCCAAAUUGUCGAACAAUUCAAGAAAUUCGAGAUCAAGGCUCAUGUGGAUCAUGUUGGGCAUUUGGAGCUGUUGAAGCCAUUUCGGAUCGUUUUUGUAUCCAUUACAAUGGUACCAAUCAUUUUAGAUUUUCUGCAGAAGAAUUAGUUUCAUGUUGCGAAACGUGUGGAUUUGGAUGCAACGGUGGCUAUCCAAGUUUUGCUUGGCGGUAUUGGGUAAAAAAAGGCUUGGUCAGUGGCGGAGCAUAUGGUUCAAAUCAGGGAUGUCAACCUUACGAAAUUCAACCAUGCGAACAUCAUAUAAACGGUACACGUCCCGCAUGUAACGGCUUGGAUAAAACUCCAAAAUGUCAUUUAGAUUGUACAAACAAAGAUUAUAAGACUGAAUUCAGAAAGGAUUUACAUUUUGGUCAACGAGCGUACUCAAUCAGUAGUGAUCAAGACAAAAUUAAAAUGGAAAUUAUGCAAAAUGGACCUGUGGAAGCUUGCCUGACUGUUUACGAAGAUUUUUUACAAUAUAAAUCAGGUGUUUAUCAACACGUCCAAGGGAAAGUUUUAGGUGGCCAUGCAGUUAGAAUGUUAGGCUGGGGUGUUGAGAAUGGUACACCAUAUUGGUUAAUUGCAAACUCAUGGAACGCUGAUUGGGGUGACAAUGGAUAUUUUAAAAUAGUACGUGGAAUUGAUCAUUGUGGUAUCGAAUCUCAAAUUUCGGCUGGACUCCCUGCACAAAAAUUAAACUAA